UAUCAGUUACUUGGUUGCGUAGCUCUACGUUUCAGUCCGCAAAGCCCAUAAUGUCAUUAAAAACUAAUAGUAGUAGAAAGCUAAUAAUCGUUUCCUACCUAAAGGUCUUUGCCUGAUAAGUUUAGUUGGUUUUCGUCACUAACAUGAGUCUAGCACAACAGAGCGGAUUAUUUUGCGCAUCACAGCAGAGCUGUGAAUCUGGACUGGAUGACGAAUCAUUGACCAGGUUAAACAUGAACAGCAGUGCAAGUUCAGUAGAAUCCUUGCAGGCAGUUGAUUCAACAACAAUCUCACAGAAAGAAGAUGAUGUGAAGAGCUACAGCAUGAUGACACCUGCAGAAAAACUUUCAGUUUGUGAGAGACAGGUGCAGUCUUUAGCUGAUAGAGAAGAGUAUGAUGGCUGUAUUCAAGAGCUUGUGCGAUGCCUGGCACUGAGCAGACUGGUUUAUGGAAAUGAGCAUUUUGCAGUGGUCCAAGCACAGUCUAGGCUGGCUAAAGCCUACUUGCAGUACAAAGGUUGGCCACAUCAGGCAGAAGAACAUGCAUCCCAAGCACUUGAAGUACUCAGUUCCAGCCAGCAGGGGGAGAGAGUGAGCUACCUCAAAUGCUGCCUUAGUGCACAUCAAACUCUAGGAAGUGCAACUCUAUUUCUGGGAAAUCUUGCAAAGGCCGAGUCCAGCUUUCAGGAGGCAAAAACAAUAAUGGGAGACAUUGUCGCACAAGAGGCAAUUUUGGACACUGACAGAUUGGACACUGAGUAUGAGAUAUCUACUAAUUUAGCAAGAGUGUACCAGCUCCAGGGCAGAGCUGAGGAGGCCCUGAGUCAAUGUGAAAAAGCCUUGGAGUUGCUGCGAGAUGGAGGUCAACUUAGUCGUAACUGCCUUAUAUACAGGAUCAUGGCAGCCAUUGAACAGACACAGGGACACCUGGACAGAGCCAUCGAGCAUCUUCUACAGGCUCAUUCCAUUGCUCUUAGUCAGAGUCCUGGAGGUCUAGAGGAGGCCCACAUCGCUCACAGUUUGGCACUGGCUUACUCCUCCACUUCAGAGCCUCAACAUAACGCAGCACAGUAUUUUGAGGAAAGCAUAAGCGUUUACAAGAGUGCACUAGGCCCACGGGACGCGCUCACCUUAACGGUCCAAGAUGACUACAGUCACUUCCUCUUACUCACCGGAGAGCAGGAGAAAAGUGCUCAGAUCCAAAGAGAGUCUUUAGCUCUAAAAAAGAGCACCUUUGGUGAACUGAGCGCAGAGAUGACAGAAGCACUGCAGUUGAUUGGUGGAGUGGAGAUGACACGGGGCCAGAUGAGACACGCCCACAGGACCCUCAGAAAGUGUUUGGAUAUUCAGAUCAUGCUGUACGGUCCUCAGCACAAGAAAACCAAAGCCACACAAAGAACUGUGGACAUGCUGUUUCAGUCCCCAGAGGUUCAUGGUAGCCAUAAGAGAGAAAGUCAACUUGAAACAAGGCCUCCGUUCUGUGCGGUGGUCUCACCUCCAACUGAACUGAAAUCUAGUAUCUCUAACUUGUAAGAGCACUGAGCGCC